AUGGCCAAUCAAAUCUCUCACAGUCUUGCGGAAGUAAAUCUUGGUCAAAAUCUUUUUGCCAUCACGCUUGACAAUGCUUCAGCCAAUGAUGUCCUCGUGAAAAGGCUUGGUAAAGAUGAUUCCCUCCCCCUCUUUACCGGAGAAGAUAAGAGAAUUCGGUGCUUUGCGCACAUUCUCAAUUUAGUAGUCAAGUUGCUCCUCAUGCCCUUCACCCCCAACGCCACACUUACUCGGCUUGAACAAAUGGUUCAGAGGCAGGCACAGACCAAAAUGACUUCAAGACAACGAAAAUGA